AUGAUAUGCAAGAAACAUGGGAAGAACAAAGCCAAAGGGGUGUUUGUUCUUCGCAGAAAGAAGGCACCCGCCUCCAGCUCUCUUAUGCUUCCUCCACCUGUUCCUGCAUCCAGUCGUGCCAUGUUUCCUGAACCCUGGAACACGCUCGAUCUUUCCUCCCUAUCUACCUCUGCAAAUAAUAUACUAUUAACUGCCGGUUCCCCUUCCAACAGCUCACCAGUUCCUAGUCCCACCUCUCCCUACUCAUUCAUCACCUCUACCAACUCCUCUGUAAUGACCAGUGCCAGCCAUAGUGGCAAUAAGUGCAACACUGGAGCCAGUGACACUUCUCAGAUGAAGCUAUGCACUUCAUCUGCUGGUACAUUUGCCAAAAGCUCACACAUGCCCCCAUUUCCAUACCACUCACCAAACUCCAACCCUGCAUCUCAUUUGGCACAAGCCAUUGACAUUGUUCGUCAUGACCCAGAGUUGUCAGCAGAGGACAUUCUCAACAUGGUCAAUCACUUCUUGUGUGCUGAAAACAAGGCCAGUGCAGUUGCAUGUGUUGCUCUGAGUGACGUUCAACUUAGGUCCAUGUGGAUAUUGAGGAAACUCAAGAAGCUUUAUGCCAAAUCCAAGUAG